GGAAGAUAGAAAGGAACAGGUUUACAAGUUACGACAAUUCUUGCACAACUUGUAGAGCCACCCUGUCCCACGAACUCAUUAUAUAUAUAUAUAAACCUAUAUAUUCAUUUCAUCUAGAAACUGAAAGCCAGAACUGGUAUCAGUUCAGCUUACUUGGCCAAUAUCUCGGUCGGAAUCACUCUAUGAAGUGAGAACAGAAAGCAAAGAAAGAGGGAGAACAAGAAUCAUACUCGUAAAAGAGUGCAACCUCCUUGAGUAGAGGAUUUUUUAAGUCCCUGUUGUGUUCAUAACAAGGGGAGGCAAAAUGGAUGGGAAUUUCACCAGAAGCAUAAGCAGGAGCAUAAGCAGAUCAAGCUGGAGAAUGGAGGAAGUGUUUGCGAGUGGAAGGUAUUCUCGCAGAACUUCUCAAGUUGAUGAAGAUGAAGAGGCUCUCAAAUGGGCUGCCAUAGAGAAACUCCCCACCUAUGACAGAUUAAGGACGAGCAUCAUCCAAACCUUUGCCGAAGGUGGUGAGCAACAACCUGGGAACCAAGUUCUGCACAAGGAAGUUGAUGUUCGCAAGCUAGACAUGAAUGAUAGACAACAAAUCAUUGACAAGAUUUUCAAGGUUGCCGAAGAAGACAAUGAAAAGUUUCUCAGGAAGUUCAGAAACAGAAUUGACAAGGUGGGGAUCAGACUUCCAACGGUAGAAGUGAGGUUCCAAAAUUUGACUGUUGAGGCAAAUUCCUUUGUCGGCAGCAGAGCUCUGCCAACCCUGCCAAACUCUGCAUUGAACAUUCUUGAAUCACUUUUUGGUAUCUGUGGCAUUAGUACAGCUAAGAGGACAAAGCUCACUAUUCUUAAGAAUGCCUCAGGCAUUGUUAAGCCAUCAAGGAUGGCCCUUUUAUUAGGCCCCCCAUCUUCAGGGAAAACGACCCUUUUGUUGGCCUUGGCCGGAAAAUUGGACCCUGAAUUGAAGGUAAAGGGAGAAAUCACUUACAAUGGACACAAACUUAAUGAGUUUGUGCCAAGAAAGACUUCAGCAUAUAUUAGCCAAAAUGAUGUUCAUGUUGGAGAAAUGACUGUAAAAGAAACACUGGAUUUCUCAGCUAGAUGUCUAGGAGUAGGGACUAGAUAUGAUCUAUUAACCGAGCUUGCUAGAAGGGAAAAGGAAGCUGGCAUAUUUCCAGAGGCAGAUGUUGACCUUUUCAUGAAGGCCACUGCAAUGGAGGGAACAGAAAGCAGUCUCAUCACCGACUACACACUCAAAAUACUGGGGCUUGAUAUUUGCAAGGAUACCAUAGUGGGUGAUGAAAUGCACAGAGGUGUAUCAGGUGGCCAAAAGAAGCGUGUUACCACAGGAGAGAUGAUUGUUGGACCCACAAAAACACUAUUCAUGGAUGAAAUAUCAACGGGUCUUGAUAGUUCCACAACUUAUCAGAUUGUGAAGUGCUUGCAGCAGAUUGUGCACCUCACUGAAGCAACUAUCUUAAUGUCCCUUCUCCAACCUGCUCCUGAGACUUUCAAUCUGUUUGAUGACAUCAUCCUCAUUUCUGAGGGUCAGAUUGUAUACCAGGGCCCACGUGAGCACAUCGUGGAAUUCUUUGAGUCCUGUGGGUUUCGUUGUCCCGAAAGAAAAGGAACCGCUGAUUUCUUGCAAGAGGUUACCUCAAGGAAGGACCAGGAGCAAUACUGGGCAGACAAAAACAGGCCAUACCGUUAUGUUACAGUGACAGAGUUUGCAAACAAGUUCAAGCGGUUCCAUGUUGGAAUGAGGCUUGAGAGUGAGUUGAAUGUAGCAUUUGAUAAAUCAAGUGCACAUAAAGCAGCUCUUGUAUACAGUAAAAACUCUGUGCCCACAAUGGAUCUUUUUAAAGCAUGUUGGGACAAGGAGUGGCUGCUGAUUAAGAGGAACUCCUUCGUCUACAUAUUCAAGACAGUCCAAAUUAUCAUCAUUGCAAUCAUAUCUGCAACAUUGUUCUUGAGGACUGAAAUGGACCAAAGUAAUGAAGAUGGUGCUUCACUCUACAUUGGUGCAAUUUUGUUCUCUAUGAUCAUGAACAUGUUUAAUGGUUUUGCUGAGCUAGCACUCACAAUUGGAAGGCUUCCCGUGUUUUACAAGCACAGAGACCAUCUUUUCCAACCUGCUUGGACUUACACCCUCCCCAAUUUCUUGUUACGUAUUCCCAUUUCUGUUUUUGAGUCUCUUGUUUGGGUGGGUGUCACCUACUACACCAUAGGAUUUGCUCCUGAAGCUAGCAGGUUCUUCAAGCAACUGUUGGUGGUGUUUCUUAUACAACAAAUGGCAGCUGGCAUGUUUAGGGUCAUUUCUGGAGUGUGCAGAACAAUGAUUAUAGCUAACACUGGUGGAGCCCUCAUGCUCCUUCUUAUUUUUCUGCUUGGAGGUUUCAUCCUUCCCAAACGUGAAAUUCCUGAUUGGUGGGUGUGGGCUUACUGGGUGUCACCAUUGACAUAUGCCUUCAAUUCCUUGGCUGUGAAUGAAAUGUUUGCUCCAAGGUGGAUGCAUCCACAGACAUCUUCGGAUCGAAGUACCACAUUGGGUCUGUCAGUACUAAGAAACUUUGAUGUUUUUGCUAAAGAAGAAUGGUACUGGAUAGGAGCCGCAGCUCUUUUUGGUUAUGUCAUUUUCUACAAUGUUCUCUUCACCCUUGCGCUUAUGUACCUUAACCCUCUUGGAAAGAAACAAGCAAUUAUUUCUGAGGAAGAUGCAAGUGAAAUGGAGACUGGAGGAGACACCAACGAAGAACCUAGACUUGUAAGGCCCCCACAGUCCAACAAAGAUUCAAUGCUUCGAUCAUUAUCUACUGCUGAUGGAAAUAAUGCAAGAGAAGUGGCAAUGCAGCGAAUGGGAAGCCAAGCUACCAGUGGAUUAAGAAAAGCUGAUUCAGCAAAUGAUUCAGCUACUGGAGUUGCCCCCAAAAGAGGAAUGAUUCUACCUUUUCAACCACUUGCAAUGUCCUUUGACACUGUUAAUUACUACGUCGACAUGCCUGCAGAAAUGAAAGCGCAAGGUGUGGCUGAAGAUAGGCUACAACUGCUUAGGGGAGUAACCAGUUCCUUUAGGCCUGGAGUGCUAACUGCACUGAUGGGAGUUAGUGGAGCUGGGAAGACAACUUUAAUGGAUGUUUUAGCAGGAAGAAAGACUGGUGGCUACAUUGAAGGAGAUAUUAGAAUCUCUGGGUUCCCCAAGAACCAAGAAACCUUUGCAAGAGUUGCUGGUUACUGCGAACAAACUGAUAUUCAUUCACCCCAAGUUACUAUUCGUGAAUCUUUGAUUUACUCUGCCUUCCUCCGUUUACCAAAAGAAGUUAGUGAGGAGGAAAAAAUACAAUUUGUAGACCAAGUAAUGGAUCUGGUAGAGCUGGAUAAUCUGAAGGAUGCUAUAGUGGGGCUUCCAGGAGUUACAGGGUUGUCAACUGAGCAAAGAAAGAGGUUGACCAUCGCUGUUGAGCUCGUUGCUAAUCCUUCAAUCAUUUUCAUGGAUGAACCCACUUCAGGACUUGAUGCAAGAGCAGCAGCUAUUGUUAUGAGGACUGUGAGAAACACUGUGGAUACGGGAAGGACGGUUGUUUGCACAAUUCACCAGCCUAGCAUUGAUAUCUUUGAAGCCUUCGAUGAGGUAACAACCAAUCUACAA